AUGGCGUCUGUUCAACUGCAAACUCUUGACCAACAAGGCUCUUCGUCAGCCGCAUCAACCUCAAUUUCGCCAUCUAUAGAGAGGCGCCCUACCGUUACGAGGGCAACGGAGACCUCUUUACCUAGAGCUUCGGCAGCUUCGCCUGGACCAUUACUAGAGCAGCAGCAGCAACAGCAGCAAUCUUCACAAGAGGGAAGACAACUUCAAACAGAACUAGCCCUAGAAGAAGCCCGCCGAAUGAUACAACAAUGGUUUACACAAGCAACCUCAGAAGAGACCCACGGAACGCCACAGCAGUUGCAAACAGAAGCGCAACAGGGACAGCAAGAAAUCGAGAAUGGCACCCAUGACACCCCGCCAUCCCUGUGGUCUAAAAUUGCUGAAAGGCUUGGAUUCAUUGUGGCAGUUCUUGCAUUUCUUCUUGCGAUUGGGAUGAUAGCCCCGACAGUUGGGCAGUAUGCUACAGGGGUAUGGUCCACUGCAAAAGACUAUCAGGACUGGUGCAAGGGCGAGCAGAGCAUGGAGCACACCCUCACUCAUGCUUGCGCACUGAUCAUAGAUCGGCCAUUACCGCCACCUCCUGGACUGAACCAAGUGUUCAGGGGCGUUAGGCGGCGAGAGGUUGGGAGUGUCGACGCUUCCCCCUGGAGCCAUCUAACAGAUAUGGAGUUGAAGGGGUUGUACUCGACGGCGCUCUUUGGCUUUAGCAUGCUUGCAAUAGCGUUGAAGGGCAAAGACAUCGAAUUAAUUGUCUGCUCGGUUUCUAUUGGUUAUCUCAUAGAAGAAGCAUGGGCUAUGUUGCCUUUAAGGAGCAUAUUUCUCAUCAUAUACUUUAUAUGGGAGCCAUGGUUCGCAUAUGACCUAGGGUAUUUCUCCACAACCAAUCCUUUCGUCGCCAUGAAGCACGACGAUAUUGCCUCCCCUGGGAGCAGCCCAUCGAGCUCAUCGUCAACCUCAUCAAGCUCAAGCAGCACAUGGUCCAAGGUGCCAGAACAAACCCCGGAAGAAACAGAAGAUGCUCGUCUGUUUGACUAUCACCUCGACCUUUUGAAGUCUGGCUCUGGCUCUGGACAACAAGCACUCCAAGACGUCACCACGGCACCGAUCUUUUCCAUGCCUGUUCUCAAGCACGCUGAAGCCGCAACCGUUGCCGUUGGUGAUUCCCCACCAGUAUUUCCACAAUACGGUCUACUUGCUGGCAUGACUGAGAGCGCACCAAAUGAGCCAAAAUCUGAGGAUGGAGACAAAUCAUACAUUCAUGAUCCUCGGAUCUUCUUCAAUGUUGCUGCUCCAUCGAGCACUUUCAUCUGUGGUUCCCAAGGUUCCGGCAAGAGCCACACCCUCUCAUGCUUGCUUGAGAAUUGCUUGAUCCCAUCGGAUGCCAACAAGCUUCCUCGUCCCCUCACGGGUCUUGUGUUCCAUUAUGACACCUUCAUCUCCGACGGUGGUGGAUCUCCAUGCGAGGCCGCCUACCUUUCUUCAGAUCCAAGCAUCAAAGUGAGAGUCCUGUGCUCGCCGACCAACUUCCGCACCAUCAGACGAACCUAUAGUGCCUUCAAAAACGUCACCGUUGAGCCGCUGCGAAUCAGCGAAGAGAACCUCAACACCAAGCGCAUGCUUGAUUUGAUGGCUGUGAGCCGCGGCGAUGGCCCAAUGCCUCUGUAUUUGCAUGCUGUCUACCGCAUCCUUCGAGAGAUGCGAAUGGAGCAACAGGAGAUGGGAACUGGAUUCAGCUACGCCACGUUCAAGGACCGCGUUUCGAGAACGGAAAUGACUCCGGCUCAACUCAGUCCGCUCGCACAGCGACUUGAUACUCUUCAGAGUUUCAUGCCAAACACGGAGACUGGGGUCAUAAUCCAGCAGCGAAAGGGCAAGCUGGUGAGACAGUAUGGGAAUGACUGGACCUCCAAGCCUGACUCUCUAACCAUCGUCGAUCUUUCAUGCCCCUGUGUUACGCCAGAGGGGGCUUGCUCACUAUUCAACAUCUGCUUGAGUAUUUUCCUCGACCAGGACACAGCGGGUCGUCGGGUGAUUGCCUUGGAUGAGGCACACAAAUUCAUGAAUGAAUCGGCCGAGGCCCAGACCCUCACGGCGACCCUUCUCACCACAAUCCGACUGCAACGCCAUCUCGGCGCCAGAAUCAUUAUCAGCACCCAGGAGCCAACUAUCUCACCGGAGCUUCUCGACUUGUGCUCGAUCACCAUUGUCCACCGCUUUACGUCACCUGAAUGGAUGAAAAGCCUUAAAGCCCAUUUGGCAGCAGCAGCGUCCGACAUUACUGCACCGGAGCCGGAUGCAGGCGAUCGAGACACAGAGUCAAUCCCAGGCGCGAAGGUCCAGACGGCAAGUAUGAUCUUCAAGAAAAUUGUUGGGUUGGAAGUUGGAGAGGCACUCCUGUUCUCGCCCAGCGCGAUGGUUGGUGUAGAUGCGGCAAGCGUCAGUGGCAGAUAUGCGAGGCUCGGGUCCGGAUUUCUGAAAGUCAGGGUGAGGAGUAGGUUGACAACCGAUGGAGGCAAGAGUGUUUUGGCCGCAUAG